AUGCCUCAAGUUGAUCCUAUUGCUGUCAUUGGGAUGGGUUGCCGCUUUCCUGGGGGAGUCGGCAACCCUGAUGAGCUAUGGGAACUUUUGAGUGAGGGCCGCUCAGGUUUGAUAGAGACUCCUGCAGAUCGUUGGAAUGCCGAUUCGUUUUAUCAUCCUGAUUCAGAGGGACGAGAAGCGAUUUCAACAAAAAAAGGCAAUUUCCUGACACACGAUGUGUCCGAGUUUGAUGCCCGUUUCUUCGGCUUCUCCUCAGUAGAAGCUGAUCAUACUGAUCCACAGCAACGGCUUCUACUUGAAACGACAUAUGAAGCCCUUGAGAAUGCCGGCGUACCGAUAGAGAAUCUUCGAGGCUCAGAUACUUCCGUUUUUGUCUCAGUAUUUACCCGCGAUUACGAACGAAUGACCUACAAGGACUUAUCUCAAAUCAAUAAGUAUGUGACAACGGGAACGGGUGAGGCAAUCCUGGCCAACCGCAUCUCAUACAAUCUGGACCUCAGAGGAGGCUCAAUGAUUCUUGAUACCGGAUGUUCCGGUGGUCUGGUGGCUGUUCAUCAGGCCUGUCUGUCACUGAAAGCAGGAGAAUCACGGAUGGCAAUCGUGGGCGGGACCCAGCUUUUAUUACAUCCUGAUAUGUGCAUGACCAUGAGCGCCAGUGGUAUGAUGAACCCAGAAGGACAAUGUUUUUCCUUUGACAGCAGAGGUGUCGGAUACGGACGCGGCGAAGGGAUUGGUACUGUCAUCUUGAAACGGCUUUCUCAUGCUAUUGAUGACGGCGACCCUGUUCAUGCUGUCAUUCUCAAUUCUGCGUUGAACCAAGAUGGCAAGACAGCGGGCAUCACUCUUCCAAAUCCUAAGGCACAGGCUGCGCUGAUCAAGCAUGUCUACGAAUCGGCGGAAAUAGACCCGGCAAAGACGCUAUAUGUUGAAGCCCAUGGGACGGGCACUCAGGCAGGAGACAGUGCGGAGGUUGAAUCCAUCUCGAAAGUCUUCUGUGGGGCAGAGAGAAAACAGAGCGUCUAUGUUGGUUCGGUAAAGGCAAACAUCGGCCAUCUAGAAGGUGCAAGUGGUAUCGCAGGAUUGAUCAAAGCAAUAAUGGUUCUCAAAAGGGAUCAGGUGCCCCCUCAAUUUGGUUUCGUCUCGGAGAAACCUGGGUUGAAUCUGGAAGCGAGGAAUAUCAAAGUUCCUACAGAGCUUAGCCCCUUGGCACCCCCUGGAUAUAUUGGACCACGGAGAGUUUCUCUAAACUCUUUUGGGUAUGGCGGCACGAAUGCACACCUCAUUCUCGAAUCUUAUAAUUCGACGCCGAGUGAUGUCCCUUCUACAAACGGUCAUUAUAACGAGAGUGAAGACUCAUUCAGCAAUGGGAUCAUCUCGAGCAAUGGGUUCCAAGGACAUAAAAUUGAAAAUGACCAGCCCAAACCUCGUACCAAUGGGAUCUCAAACAUUCAGCCCGUCAACGGCGUUCCUCCUCACUCCUCGCAGAAAACUUUGAUCAAGACCAAUAGCCAUGCUGUCGAUGUCUCUUCGAAUGCUAACGGAAUAUCCCAUGAUGGUCUGCAGCAUGCACCACUACUCUUCCCUAUAAGUGCACGGUCCGAGGUGGCACUCGCGGCUAUACCUGAGAAUCUUCAACGAUGGCUUGCAAAGCACGAUAUCUCGCGCUCCCAAUUUAGGGACCUCUCCUAUACUUUGAGCUGCCGUAGAUCAUGCUUCCGAUGGAGAAGUGUCAUUGUUGCAACUGAUGCGGCCGACUUAAGUUCCAAGCUUGGGACUGCAGUUCCGAAGACUAGGGUAGCUGCAUCACAUGCUUUGGCAUUCGUGUUCACCGGUCAAGGUGCUCAAUGGUUUGCUAUGGGUCGCGAACUAAUUGCGACGUCUCCAUGCUUUAAGAACUCUAUUAUGGAAUCUGAUAAGUCUCUAAGACAUAUUGGAUGUGAUUGGAGCCUCUUGGAAGAACUGAGCAGACCAGAGUCAGAGUCAAGAGUGGGCCAGAGCGAGAUCUCACAACCUUCUACCACAGCCAUACAAAUUGCAUUGGUGGAUUUGUUUGCCAGCUUUGGUAUCACUCCAAGCCGAGUUGUCGGCCAUAGCUCAGGAGAGAUUGCUGGGGCAUAUGCUGCUGGCGCUCUAAAUCUUGAGGCGGCAAUUCAAGUUGCUUUCUGCCGAGGGCAUUUCUCUGCUCUCGCUAGAAAGGUCAACACGGUUUCCGGCGCCAUGUUGGCUGUUGCUUGUGGAGAAAAAGACAUUGAACAGUUGAUAGACCUCGCGACCUCUAACUCGAGUGGAACUAUCAGGGUCGCUUGUAUCAACAGCUCUGAAAGCGUGACCGUAUCCGGAGACGAGCCAGCUAUCAAUGACUUGGAAAGGAUGUUAUGGUCAUCAGGCGUCUCUGCUCGUCGAUUGAAAGUAGAUACAGCCUAUCACUCGCAUCACAUGGAAAAGAUCGCUGGUGCUUACCUUAACUCACUCCAGGAUCUUCAUUUCUCAGAAACGAACAAAGGAAUAAAGUUCUUCUCCUCUGUGACUGGGAAGGUCAAGAAAACUGACUUUGGGGCGUCCUACUGGGCCGAGAACUUGGUUUCCAAAGUUCGAUUCAGCGAUGCUCUACAAGCACUAGCCGAUGACAUAACGACGUCAGUUUCGACCCAGAAGUCCGCUAAUAUCUUCGUUGAAGUUGGGCCACAUUCAGCUCUCCAAGGUCCCAUGCGACAGACUUUGUCCCGAAUUGCAAACUUUAAGUAUUUGUACCACCCAUCAUUGGUCAGGGGAAAGGAUGCAGCAACAACGGCUCUCGCAGCCACAGCUGGAAUCUUUCAAAUUGGAUAUGCGGUCAAUCUAAAAUCGGUUCUCGAUAUGCAAAGUUCAAAUGAGCUGUACCGUCCUGUGGACGAUCUGCCUUCAUAUCCGUGGGACCACGAGACCAAACAUUGGCACGAAUCUAGAUUGAGUCGGGAUCACCGACUGAGACAAUUCCCUUACCAUGAUCUUCUUGGUUUAUAUGAUGUCAUGAGCACCAUCCACGAGCCCCGUUGGCGAUAUCACGUUGGGAUUGAGAGUCUUCCGUGGCUCAGACAUCAUGUCGUUGAUGGGAUGGUUAUUUGGCCUGGGACCGCCUAUAUCUGUAUGACACUGGAAGCAAUGAAGCAGCUCGCGCAAUUCCGCAAAUCUGGCAGCACCGUUACAAGUUUCACGCUGAGAGACUCGGAUGUCUCAAAGGCUGUUGUUGUACCAGAGGAGCAAGCUAACGGACGCAAGGCAGAAGUGGAGAUUCAGCUCUCAAUCAGUCGCAGCGGCACAAGCGAAAUCUGGGAAUCAAUCAGGAUUCUUUCUUGCCAGCCUGAAGGGGAAUGGAUUGAGAACUUUGCUGCUUCAGCUACCGUCGAGCUGGCGUCUGCCUCUUCACCCGAGGACAGCGAAAAGCUAGGAGAUGAAAGUGCAUAUAUGUUCACAGAGUCGCUCAAAAAACUUGAGAGCAUCAAGUCUCUCGCACAAGAAGAGGUCGACCCUACUAGCCUCUACUCAGCCUUGAGGGAGGCUGGAAACGAUUUUGGACCUAGUUUCACACUAAUCACUAAGGCGUUUGUCGGAGAGUGUGUCGGCGUUGCGAAGCUGGUUGUUCCUGACAUGCGUCAAUACAUGCCGGGAUCUUUCCUUCAGCCUCAUACUAUACACCCAGCAACAUUGGACGCCGUCAAUCACCUUGUAGUCCUGUUGUUUCAUCGAGAAUGCAGCAAGUCGCCAAUUAUGCCCACCAGUAUAGCGGAGACCACUAUAUUCGCCAACAGUGCGAUCCAGCCUGGUGAGGAGUUGAUCGUUGCUUGCGAGAUUAUACCAGAAGGGAACAGGUCCGCAAAAGCCAACACCUGGCUCUUUAGACAUGGCGGUCAGAGCAGUGAUCUGAAUUUGGUAUCUGUGACAACUGCUAUUCAAAUCCGCGCGAUUGGUGAGGCCAUUGAUAGUAACGGAAGCCAGCUUUCUGCUCGGAACAUCAAUUCGAGAAUCAAUUUCUACGAUGAUGUGGAUUUCUUGUCGAAUGCUAUAUUCGAAAACUACGUUUCCUCGGCUUACGUAAAUGAACCAGGACGCCUGAGUCUUGAAGAACAGAUGGAUCUCAAUGAGAAGGCAUCAACUAUUCACCUCCAAAGAGCAUUGGCUACACCUAUUACUGUGGUCGCGGAAGCAUUUCCCCACCUUGAAAAGUACCAUCAAUGGAUCACAGACUUCCUGAACUCUGAACUACCAAAUCAGCUGCUCAAGGAUGUGAAAACUGAAUCCGAGCGGGACUCUGUGGUUCAAAAGUCUAUCGAGUCUUCCGUGACAGGCAAGCUGUUGGCACGACUAGGGAAACAUCUCCGUGCCAUCAUUGCUGGAGAAGUACACUCGCUCAGUAUCAUGGUUGAGGACGGCCUAUGGAACAAAUUCUACCAGGACGGAGCCAUGUACGCAUCAAGUUUACAAGCGGCGAAAUUCAUCGGACUUUUAGCGAAGAACAAACCCCACAUGCGCAUUCUUGAGAUUGGUGCGGGCACUGCAGGGACCACACUCCCUGUUCUCCAAGCUCUAGAUGACCAUGGAGUAUAUUUACUUGACCGAUACUGCUUCACGGAUAUUUCCUCUGGGUUCUUUGAGCAAGCUAGGACUAAUUUGAGCGAAUGGAGAGCUUUCCUGGAUUUCAAAAAGCUCGACGUCUCCAGGGAUCCUCUGGAGCAAGACUUUGAACCUGGGAGCUAUGACUUGAUCAUUGCGGCCAAUGUUGUCCAUGCAACAAAAAGUGUGCGUCAAACACUCUCAAACAUGAGAAAGCUGCUCAAUCCUGGUGGGCGACUUGUGCUCUGCGAGAUCACAAGGCCCACUGUUUCGUCGGGCGUCAUGUUUGGGUCGCUUUCAGGAUGGUGGGAGUCUGACGAUGGUCGCAAAGGAGGGCCGCUGCUAAGCAGAGAUUCAUGGCAAAACGCACUGCUCGCGUGCUCUUUUAGUGGUAUUGAGCUUUCUUCGUCUGAGCACGACGGACCUUCCUCAAUGUCCUCCGUUAUGGUGUCGACAGCAAUCGAGCCAGCUGAAAAAACCAUCGAAUUUGAGUCCGCUAACAUGGUGAAAAUAGUUUGCGACCCUCAAACUCAUGCGGCUGUAUCACUUAGCACGGCGCUAUCCGGCGCAGUAGAAGCCAAAGGGUUUCCAUGUUCUCAUGUCGAAUGGAACGGGCUCACAACGGCAUCUGAAGACACAAGCCUAUACAUCGUAUUGGACUCCGCGGACCAUCCAAUCUUAGCAGAUCCUUCUGAGGCAGUGUUCAAAAGUAUCAGAUCCUUAGUGACAACGAGCCGAGAUCUCAUAUGGGUCAGCUACCACGAGUCAAGCGAUGCGAAGGCUGUUGCAAUGAAAGCAUUGGCUACUGGAAUGGCACGUGUCCUACGUCGCGAGAAUGGGGGAGUGCGAUUCAUCACUCUUGACAUUCGAGAUGCUUUGGCUGAAGAUGCUUCCCCUGCGGUAGACGCGAUUCUGAAACUCGCAAAAGACAGUCUAUGGCCUGCACUCAAGACGAAUCGCCCCACCGAGUUCGAAUAUGCUUUAGUGGGUAACCGACUUAUGAUCCCUCGAGUUUACACGGACGCAGACUUCAACAAAUGGGCAGAGAGUCUCAACGGCAAUGGUACACACGAAACACGCUUGUUCCGGGACAAUGAGGCGCCCCUGAAACUAGUAGUCGAAACUCCUGGCAUGCUCAGCAGUCUUUGCUACGCACAUGACGAACGACAAUCUCUACCUCUUGGGGAUGACGAGAUCCAGCUCGAAGCGAAAGCAUUUGGGGUCAACUUCCGCGAUGUCUUUAUCGCACUCGGCCAGAUGCCCGCUCAAACACCAAUGAGUGGAGAGGUUGCCGGUGUAGUCACUGCUGUUGGAGCGGGAGAGUUUGUUCAAAACAAGUAUAAGAUAGGUGACCGAGUUGUUGGUAUCCUUGGCCAAUCGUAUUCAAGCCACACCAGGAUCAGGGGCACUGCAUGUCAUGUUUUGCCUGACUCAAUUGGCUUGACAGAGGCCGCAUCCCUUCCCGGUGCAUAUUUGACAUCAUACUACUGCCUCGUUGAAAUUGCGAGAUUGGAGCGAGGUCAAAAGGUUCUGAUCCAUGCAGCAUCAGGAGGGUUGGGUCAGAGCGCUAUUCAACUUGCGCAGUCUAUUGGUGCUGAAGUUUUUGUCACCGCUGGCAGUGUCGAGAAACGCAAAAUGCUUGCGGAUCGAUAUGGCAUUCCUGCUAGCAACAUAUUUUCCUCCCGUGGUUCUGCCCGGAAUAUGAAGCGUGGCAUCAUGCGACUCACGGAUCAGAAAGGGGUGGACGUUGUUGUCAACUCAUCCGCAGGGGAAAUGCUCGCUGAGAGUUGGGAGUGUCUCGGACCCUUCGGGUACUUCUUCGAACUUGGCAAGACUGACAUCUACAAGAAAAGCCGUCUGAACAUGGCUCCGUUCGACAGAAGUCUGACAUUCAUGGCGUUCGAUCUGGCCGAACUAAUGACUUUGAAGCCUCAGAAGAUGCACAAAAUUCUUGGUAAAGUCCUUGAACUUGUUGAUCAAGGAACAAUAGCACCGGUUUGGCCACUCAACCUUGUCCCAGUCGAUCAGAUCGAAUCUGGUUUCCGCAUGAUUGCUGAAAGGAAGCACAUGGGCAAAGUAAUCAUUGAAGCAACGGAGGGUGCAAUGGUGAAAACCGUCCCGACACCACUUCCUCCUUUGAGCUUGGAUGCCCAUGGUACUUAUGUCAUUGCAGGGGGCUUGGGUGACCUAGGUAGGAGGGUAUGCCGCUUGAUAGCCAGCUUUGGCGCGAAGCAUAUUGUUACACUAUCUCGCAGAGUCUUGGAGAAAGCAGAGCAGAUUGAGCUCGAAGAACAGGUGAGACUAUUAGGAGCUCAGCUUCUGAUCGUGCAAUGUGACAUUGUGGAUCGUGAACGCGUCCUCGAGGUGGCAGAAAUGUGUCGGGGUUCGUUGCCGCCCGUCAGGGGGGUCAUCCAUGGUGCCAUGGUAUUGAAGGAUCGUCCGCUCGUCAAUAUGAGUUUCGAAGACUGGCGCAUCCCCCACGGCCCGAAGGUUACAGGUACUCUCAAUCUCGACGAUGCGUUCGGCUCCCCUAAUCUAGACUUCUACAUCACACUAUCAUCGGUAAGCGGUAUUAUGGGCCAGGCGGCACAGUCCAACUACGCAGCAGGAAACUGUUUCCAGGAUGCCUACAUACAGCAACGAAAUGGAAAGACGGGCACGCGUUACUUUACCUUGAACGUUGGUGCGAUCCCUGAUUCCGAAUCCAUCGCUUCUAUGACAGAGGUGAAUGUGCAACAAGACCUAAUAACAGAGUUUGGUAUGUCAUUUGGGGAGCUCUACCAAACGCUCCGAUAUGCCAUGGAUCCUGGCACACCCUUAGGGGGCUCUGCACAAUCUAUCAUGGGUUUCAACAGGCAAUCGAUAUUCGCAUCACGCGACGAAUUUGCGCAGAGGAAUCCAUUCUUCAGUAUGUUGCCAUAUACGCAAGACGAAGUGGAAGCGAAUUCAGGGAGCACAGGUGCCAAGCGCGAUACAGAGCAAUUGCUGCGGAAUGCGAAAUCCCUUGAAGAAGCAGUGGCAGUGAUUUCCGAGGCAAUCGUGGACAGGUUCGUCACCUUCCUCAAUCUCUCCGUUGAGGAUGUCAGUCUGGACCAGCCACUGGCUUUGAUUGGCAUGGACUCAUUGGUAUCCAUCGAAUUGAAGAAUUGGAUGGUGCGUACCUUCAAGGCAACGCUCCAAGCUUCAGAGCUUAGUAGUGCACCAAGCAUUAUCGAACUAUCAAAGACACUUGCUGGCAGGUCUAAGAUUCUCAGUGCAGCAAUCAGUGAACAGAAUGUCCGCCCUGAGCUAGCCAAAGAAGCUGAGGAUCAGCACACCACGUUAGGACAAGACUUACCCAGCCACGGAUACAAGUGCUGUCAAUUGUUCAAGGAGCUACCCAAGCUCCCACUCCCUCCAUUCGAAGAGACCAUGAACAAUCAUUUCAACAAUGUUGCCCAUUUCGCCACUGAUCCUGGAGACCUCGAAGACUUCCACGAUGCUAUAAAGGAGUUCACCGCCCCAGGAAGUGUCAGCCGACGGAUAUACGAAGGACUUGAGAAGGUGGCAAACGAUCCCAAUGUCGAGAACUGGGCUGCCGAUUAUCUCCUUUACAACACACAUCUGAGAUGGCGACAAGGGCUACAAUUUGCCAGUUGGACAGUCUGCCUACAUGAGAGCGAAAUUGCACACUCCCAAGCUGAAAGGGCUGCCUUGAUUGCCAGCGUUGCCUUUGAAUUCAAGCAAUCCCUGGAUGAAGGUCUCACGGAGGUUGUCAGUAUGUUUGAACUUCCGCAAUGUCACUAUCAGCAGAGCUGGCUAUUUAACUCAAUCCGCGAACCCGGAGUCGACUGUGAUGCUACCAAGAAGUACCACGGAGACUACUGUGCCGUACUAAGGCGUGGCCGUGUCUUCCGCGUUUCGCUCAGGGAAGCGGACAAAAACGUUCCAUGCAGCACGAUCAAGCAUGAAAUGGAAGCCAUUCUGGACGCCGUUCAGGAUGAAGGCUCCUGGGCCAGUAUAAUGACGAGUGAUCACAGAGAUAGCUGGGCAAAGGUAUACAAGUCUCUACUGGCCAGUGACGCCAAGAACGAAGAAUACUUUAGAACCAUCUCUGAAGCUGCAUUCGUCGUCAACUUAGAUGAUGGAGCUCCCAGUACCCACUCUGAGCAAGUCACACAAGGACUAUUCGGAGAUGGUUUCAACCGGUGGUAUGACAAGAUAACGCAGUUCAUCAUCACAGCAAACGGUAAAACUACUGCUCUGUUCGAGCACUCCCAGGUGGAUGGAAUGACGCCAGUCGGCCUGCUUAAGCGACUCAACGAGGCCAUCCAUGCCCAUCGGCCUUCCUCCGAAACUCUAGCGAACGGGCAUACCUCACCGUCUCUGCCUCCACAGGAGUUCUGCCUCGUUACGACGCCAGAAAUAGACCAUCAUAUCCAGGCUCUUCGCCAAAGGUAUUCAGAGAAUACGUCUCAACGAGAAUUCGUCGUCCACCCCACGACGCAGCUGGGAAAAGACUUCUUGACCAGCUCACACAUGCCCAUCAAGGGUGUCCUCGACAUGGCAGUCCAGCUAGCCGUACGCACCUAUUAUGGCCGCCCUACGGAAAUCUGGGAGGGCGUAUCGGUGGCCCACUACCACCGAGGCCGUCACGAUAUGAUCCAGACAUUUUCAAGCGCAGUAGCCGAUUUCUGCAAGUCGGCAACGGAUGAGAACAUCCCAGCUAGUCAACGAAGAGACCUUAUGCUGCGCGGAGGUAGCGACAUUAGUGCAAACAUCAAGCAUGCCGGGCAAGGAAAGGGCUACUUCCGCCUGUUCAAUGUCAUCGACGAACUCUGGCCCAAAGAUGCACCAAGGUCCGCAUAUUUCGACCAGGCCAUCUACCACCAUAUCAAACGAAUGACUGUCACUUCUGCUACGCUCGACAGCAAUACUCUGUUCGUCGCAGCUAUGCCUGCUAACCCGCAGGCAUUGAGGAUCAAAUACAAUACUGGAGACAAGGAGUAA